AUGGAGCGCGGCGGCGGUGGCGGCGGCGGCAUGGACGCGCUUCCCGACGGCGUUGUGCAGCACAUCCUAUCGCAGCUCAGCAGCGCCCGCGACGUCGCGGCGUGCGCCGGCGUAUCCCGCGGCCUGCGCGGCUGCGUGCCGUUCCUCCCGGCGCUCUACUUCCCGCGCGGCGCCUUCGGCGGCGCGGCCGCGGCGGACGACGCCAUCGGGCGGAUGGUGGACGUCGCGGCGCGGCUGGAGGAGCUCGUCAUCUACUGCCCCUUCUCCGCCGCGCGCCUGCCGCGCUGGCUCGCGGCGCGGAGCGCCUCGCUGCGGGUGCUCGAGCUGAGGAUUGACUCCUCCUCCGUGUCCUCGGCGGCGUCCGGGGUGAGGUCCGGCCACCUGGACUGCAUCGGGGUCGUCGCGAACCUGGAGGAGCUGAGGCUGUGGGGGCUCACGAUGACGCGUGCCCCGGCGUGGGGGCAGCUGGAGCGGCUCCGCGUGCUGGAGAUCGUCGGCGCGGCGCUGCGGGACGUCGCGGUGAAUGGCGCCGUCGGCGCGUGCCCCAACCUCACCGACCUCGCCCUCAUCGGCUGCGAGUGCUCCGGCGGCGCGGUGGCCAUGACGCUCCCCCUGGUCGAGCGCUGCCGUCUUGACUUCGUCGUCUCCGGCAACUGCUCGCUCGCUCUCGCCGCGCCCCGCGUUGAGUCCCUUGAAAUGCAGGGCUUCUGCUGGAUCUCGCUGCAGGGAGGCAACGCACUCAAGAACCUUACAGUUGCCAAGAACACUGGGAGCGUGUACAAUGUAGAGAUGGGAAAGCUUCCGGGGUUGGAGAAGCUCUCGCUGCGCGGGGUUCAGUGGAGCUGGGGAGCCGUCAGCUCGGCGCUGCAGUGCGCGAGAGAGCUGAAGCAUCUGGUGAUGAAGGUUGAGUUCUGCGGUGAUCACGACACUCUCGAGCCAUUCCCGGAGGUGGAUCUUGUUGAUUUCUUCAACAGCCACCCGAAGCUCACCAAGUUUGAGAUCCAUGGCGCCAUGUUCGCUGCCAUGUGCCAGAAGAACAGCCUGAAAAAUUUGGAUUCAAGGUUCUCGAUGCCUUGCUUGGAGGAGGUCCUCAUCACUGUGCGUUCACCUCUGAACGCCGAGCUGAAGCUGAGCACUCUGGAGUCCCUAGUCAAGUACAGUCCCAGGAUGCAGAGGAUGGUCAUCAGGAUCUCCCAGAUGAAGAACUGCCAUGGCUCUGCAGACGGUUUCUUCGAAGAGAUUUGCAAGUUCAUGUACAUGAAUAAUGGGAGGGUGCGGAUAGAAUGAAAGGGGGGGCAGCGCCAAUCCUGAACUGAAGUUGAUUCGAGGCUCGGUUUGACUAUUGUGAGUUGCAGCUGGACCAGCAAUAAUUUUACUGAGUGAUGGUUCCUCGUUUUAAUUUUUUUUACAGUGGUUCAUUUUAAAAUUUUGAUCCACGUUCUGCUGUGUUGUUUAUUGUUGUUCAUCUGGUCUGGAGUGAGUGCGCGUUUUCGGAUCAUGAUGCUUGUAUUGUAGUACUGUGAACCACCCUAAA